AUGGCUGCCAGUCAUACUGCAGCGAAGACAGUGUGUUCUUGUUGCGCGGCGUGGGUCUGUCUGGCUGGUCCUGGCCGUGACGUACAGCAGUGGGCUGGCGGAAGUCCCCAGACGACCGGACACAGCGCCAGUAGGCCCGCCGGUCCUGCAACAGAACAGCAAGUGAACCUGCAGCGCGACAGAACGUGGGCGCCUGGGCGUGGUCCGACGACAAGCCCUGGGGCGGGCGGCAUCUCGAGGUUCCAUGCAAAUCCUCGUUUCUGUGGGCGUAAAUCUCAGCAUGGCGCAGGGCAAGUGGCGACUGGCCAGCCUUCUGGCCCGAGUUUUGACGUAGAAGUGCGCGAAGAACAGGGCGCGCCGAGAGCCAUGUGCGUCACAAGCCUGCGUAUUUCUCAGACUGGCUCCACCCAUCCUCACUUCGUGACAGUCUUGGCGCCCACCUUCUGCUUCUCCAGCCAGUCGCUCGCUAACAGUUUGGCUUUUCAAGCUGGUUUUGUGAUCAGCCUGGAUCGCCUGAACAGAGGCGCAAAAUCACCGUUGAAACCCGGUUGCAAAGAGCGCAAGCGAUUCCCUGUCAUGUGGGGGUUCACCACGUCCGGAACUGACGGUUUAUGUCGUGGUCUGGGGAUUACCGGUUUGGGGGUAGGGCCCAUGCACGAUACUGCACGACGACCGGGCUGGGAUAAUGAGAGUCCGGCAUACGUGACAGUGAUGUCGAAUCAGGAGUCGCUGGCGCCAGACAAGGAGCCGUCUCUCGGGUGUUCUGGAUCGUCGAUAGGCAGGCACACUCGUUUGGGCUAUCGGGGCCGCCUGCGUUCGUUUUACGGACUCGGCGGCUGGGGGGGAUCUGGAACGUUUCGUGCUGGCCGUGAGAUGCUCGCCGGUGCGAGUUUCGGCGGCGCGGGUGAGGCUCAGCUGCAUCCCGCACGGGGACUAGGACUCAUCCACAGGCAGUGGCAAGGCUAAGACGGACGCCUGGGAUGAUCGUGCAGGGCAGGCACGCGCGGCGCCAGCGGGAAGGUGCGGUGCGG